AUGGCAGCGGCCAACUUCAGCAAGAUUCAGAUAGGGAUCUACGUGGAGAUCAAGCGCAGCGAUGGCCGAAUUCAUCAAGCUAUGGUAACAUCUCUAAAUGAAGAUAAUGAAAGUGUAACUGUUGAAUGGAUUGAAAAUGCAGAUACUAAAGGCAAAGAGAUUGACUUGGAGAGCAUAUUUUCACUUAACCCAGAUCUUGCAUCUGAUGAAGAUAUUGAACCUAGUCCAGAGACACCACCACCUACUUCAACAGCUAAAGUGAACAAAAUCAUGAAGAGUCGACGAACCAUGGCACCUAUUAAGAAUGACAUUCCUGCCAGAGAUAACAGAGUGGUUGGUUCUGCACACACACGGCCUACUCAGCUUCCUGAACAGUCUUCCUCCUCACAACAGAAUGGUAGAUUUUCAGAUAUAUCUCCAGUUCAAGCUGCAAAAAAGGAAUUCGGACCCUCUUCACGUAGAAAGUCCAAUUGUGUAAAAGAGGUUGAAAAACUGCAAGAGAAACGUGAAAAAAGAAGAUUACAGCAGCAGGAACUUAGAGAAAAAAGAGCUCAGGAUGUUGAUGAUACAAAUCCAAAUUAUGAAAUUAUGUGUAUGAUAAGAGGUUUCAGGGGAAGUUUGGAUUAUAGACCACUGACAACUGCAGAUCCUAUUGAUGAGCACAGGAUAUGUGUUUGUGUACGAAAACGACCACUCAAUAAAAAAGAAACUUUAAUGAAAGACCUUGAUGUAAUGACAAUUCCUAGUAAAGAUGUUGUGAUGGUACAUGAACCAAAACAAAAGGUGGAUUUAACAAGGUACCUAGAAAACCAAACUUUUCGUUUUAAUUAUGCCUUUGAUGACAUGGCUCCUAAUGAAAUGGUUUACAGGUUUACAGCUCGACCAUUAGUAGAGACCAUAUUUGAAAAGGGAUGGGCCACUUGCUUUGCAUAUGGACAAACAGGCAGCGGAAAAACCCAUACUAUGGGUGGUGACUUUUCAGCAAAGAACCAAGAUUGUUCUAAAGGAAUAUAUGCACUUGCAGCUAGAGAUGUCUUUUUAAUGCUAAAGAAGCCAAAUUAUAACAAGUUAGAACUUCAAGUAUAUGCAACAUUUUUUGAGAUCUAUAGUGGUAAGGUUUUUGACUUGUUGAACAGGAAGACAAAAUUAAGAGUGUUAGAAGAUGGUAAACAGCAAGUCCAGGUGGUGGGAUUACAGGAACGGGAAGUUAAAUGUGUUGAAGAUGUUCUUAAGCUUAUUGAAAUAGGCAACAGCUGCAGGACAUCCAGCCAGACAUCUGCAAAUGCACACUCAUCUCGAAGCCAUGCAGUGUUUCAGAUUAUUCUCAGAAGGAAAGGGAAAUUCCAUGGUAAAUUUUCUCUGAUUGAUUUGGCUGGCAAUGAAAGAGGAGCAGAUACUUCUAGUGCAGAUAGGCAGACUCGACUGGAAGGUGCAGAAAUUAACAAGAGCCUUUUAGCACUCAAGGAGUGCAUUAGAGCCUUAGGCUGAAAUAAACCUCAUACACCAUUCAGACCAAGUAAACUUACUCAGGUGCUAAGAGAUUCAUUCAUAGGAGAAAACUCCCAUACCUGUAUGAUUGCUACAAUUUCUCCAGGGAUAGCAUCAUGCGAAAACACACUAAAUACAUUGAGAUAUGCAAAUAGAGUAAAGGAAUUUGGAAUUAGUCCUUCAGACAUUCCCUUCUCUCAGGGUAGUGGCAGUUGCUCUGAUCUCUCUCCUUCCUAUGAGUAUGAUGACUUUUCUCCUUCAAUCACAAGGGUGAAGGAGUUGAUGGUUGAUCCUAGUGUUGCAGGAGAUAUCUCACCUGUUAUACACCAUGCUCCCAAUCAGAUUGAUGACUUAGAGACACAGUGGGGUGUGGGGAGUUCUCCUCAGAGAGAUGAUCUCAAACUGCUUUGCGAACAAAAUGAAGAGGAAGUUUCUCCACAGUUGUUUACUUUCCAUGAAGCUGUGUCACAAAUGGUGGAAAUGGAAGAGCAAGUAGUAGAAGACCACAGGGCUGUCUUCCAGGAAUCUAUUAGAUGGCUGGAACAUGAAAAAGCUCUUCUUGAGAUGACAGAAGAAGUAGACUAUGAUGUGGAUUCUUAUGCGACCCAACUUGAAGCAAUUGUAGAGCAAAAAAUUGAUAUUCUGACCGAACUUAGAGAUAAAGUGAAAUCUUUCCGGGCAGCUCUGCAAGAGGAGGAACAGGCCAGUAAACAGAUCAACCCAAAAAGACCACGUGCCCUUUGA